GUUUAUUCUCGUUGCUAAUCAAGUCCGUUACUGUUGUUGCCACACUCCGUCCUAAAGAGCAGAUAGUGAACAUUUACCCGGGUUUCAGAUCAUUUGAUGCAAGCUGGAGUUAUGCCCGCGGUCUCUGCAACCGCCUUAGCUGCAAGGAAGAAAAAAUUGUUUGCCAGUAUUCAUGAUGCCGUUAAAGCCAGUGAUGUGGAGGAGCUUGAGCUGAUGGUGAAAAAUGGAGCCAGCAUUAAUGAAGUUGAUCCCAUUCACAAAUUCACUCCAUUGCAAUGGGCAGUGCAUUCAGAUAGUUUAGAGUGCCUGCACUGGUUGCUAUGGCAUGGUGCGGAUAUGACUGAUGUCACUUCCAGGGGUUGGACAGCAGCACAUAUCGCAGCCAUCAGGGGUCAUGAUGCCUGUAUGCAGGCCCUGAUAACAAAUGGUGCCAAUUUAACAGCAAAGGAUGAUAGAGGCUGCAUACCAUCGCACCUGGCUGCUGCCCAUGGACAUUCGUACACACUUCAGACCAUUCUUCGCAGUGGUGUGGAUACAAAUCCAAUAGAUAAGUCUGGUUGGAGGAGUGUUCAUUAUGCUGCCUUCCAUGGCAGGCUGGGCUGCUUGCAACUUCUAGUCAGAUGGGGAGCAGAUGUGAAUGAAGUGGAUCAGGAUGGCAAUUUACCAGCUCAUCUUGCAGCAAUGGAGGGCCACUUGCAUUGCUUUAAGUUUCUUGUCUGCCAAGGAGCUAGCAUGACCCACAUACUGGGAGCCAGGAAUGACCAAGGUGAAACUCCGAAGGAUCUUGCAAAGAGAUUCUAUAAGGACAACAUAGUGCAGUACAUUACAGCUGUGGAAUAUGAACGGGAUCAUCCAGUUGAUCAAGAAAAUCUCGUAUUUCCAGCUCAUGUAAGUGCAUUCAAAGGAGAUCACGAGACUCUGCGACAACUGGUGGAAUCUGGAGUAAUUAACAUCAAUGAACGAGAUGAUAAGGGAUCCACCCCCAUGCAUAAAGCUGCUGGACAAGGACACAUUGGCUGCCUGCAAUGGCUCAUCGAGAUGGGAGCAGACCAUCACAUCAGAAAUGAUGCCGGAGAGACACCAAAGGACGUGGCUAAAAGAUUUUCCCAGUUGGCAGCUGUUAAUCUGCUGGGAGGAGGCAUAGAUGAUGAUUCUGAUGAAGAGAUGAAUAAAGACAACCCUAGCUUCUUUGACCAACAUGGUAUAGAAGGAAGUACAGAUAAUCAGGACAACAUUACCCUAAGUACUGGUCAGAAGAGGGAGGCAAGGAUGAGGGCCUAUGAAAAGAUUGAAAACUUUGAGCGGUUAUUAGAAAUUGCGAAAAGCAACUACAGACAGCUUGGAGGUAUGCUGGAGGAAGACUACCUCCGGCGGAAAGAAGAAAAAGAAGCAGAAAGAAUGCUGCAGGAGUUGCAGGCUCAACUGGAGUAUGAGCGCUUACGCAGGGAGAAGCUGGAGUGUCAGCUGGAUGACUGUCGAGCAGAGAUGGGCCACCUAAAUCAGUGUCUGGAAAAACUGAGGACCUCUAAUGGCUCUGUGGGAGAGAGUUUUGAAGAGCCAGUUAAAGAGAAAAAAAAAGGAAAGAAGAAACAGAUGGUCAAUUCUGGAGGUGUGUUUGUGCAGCGAAUUCCUGACAGGAACAGUGCCAACCUCAGACCUCUCUGACACUCCAGAAUCCUUUGCCAUAGGCUUGUUCAGAUUAUAGUCUUAACUGCAUAUACAUUGCUCCCUUAUUUUACAGUCUCUUAUUAAACAAACAACUGACAGUCA